AUGUCGUGUCCACUCUACAACCAGUCCCUGAGUUUUACAGCCACUGUAACGUCAAUUUGUUGCCUUUCUGCCCUUUUGGCCAUUCUAGAAAAUACGGCAGUUCUUUUAUCCGUGCAAAAGAUUACUUCGUUACGUAAGACGUCGCGGUAUUUUAUGAUCUCCCUCGCCGCCGGAGAGCUCUUCUCUACAGUAAUUGGAAACUCAUUUUUGUCCGCGUGGCUGAUUUUAAAUCAUUAUAGUCACGAAAACGGCACAGCCUUGUGGAAAACGGAAAGUACAAUGUGGUGUCUCACAACCAUGGUUACGACAUAUAACUUGGCCAAUGUGGCGUUGGAUAGAUACGUUGCGAUAACGUCGCCGUUACACUACUAUACCAAAAUGAGCUCCAAGAAGUGUUUGACACUUAUUGGUUUCGCGUGGCUUUUAUCAUUUUUUAGCGGGUUGGUGGUGUACCUUAUUCCCCAAGAAUAUUUACCAAAAGUAUGGACUUAUGGACCGAUCGUGGUCGUAUUAGUUCCCUUGUGUAUAAUAGCAUUUUGCUAUUUUGGCAUUUACAGGGCAUCGAAAGGCACUUUCCCGGCUCGAGUGAACAUCAUCGAUGCUCAACAAGAACUUGAAAACAAACGACAAAGAAAGACAGCCUUAACAUUUGGAAUAAUAACAGUAUUGUUCUUUGUUCUGUUUGCACCGGUUAUUAUUUUCAAUUUCAUCCAGUUGCUUACACAUGAGAUAGAAUUAUGCGUAAGCCCCACUGAGAGAAAAGUGUGGAUUUGCAUUGCUGUUGUUUCGUAUUGGAGCGCAAUUUCUGAUCCCUGGGUGUAUAUGAUCAGAAUGCCUGAGUUCAGAGCCGCGUUCAAGAAGUCGCUUCCUCCUUUUUGCAAAAAUUUA